AUGUCGAACAAUAAUGUAACAAGUUUUGCUGAUAAGGAGCACCAAGAUCCCACCCAGGACAUUGCGCAACAUCAACACGGAGAAUCUCAACCUCAGCAACACACUACUCAACUGGCUCAUUAUGCUGAUUUCGAAACUAGAUCUGAGAAUUCUGAUCACCAAGGUUCCAUUUCCAAGGGUAGAGGCUCUUUUAGUGGCAACUCGACAACCUCAUCAGCACUGCAUGUGAGGAGACAACCAUCGUUGAUUCGCUCGCAAACAGUAAAUGGUAGUAUGCCGGUUACAACAAAGGAACUGCAUGCCAAAAGAUCUCUAAGUUCUGGAUACAAUAACGGAACAUCAAGACAAGUGGCUGCUACUGGCAAUAAAGUACAUUUUCCAAGUACUACUUCCCCAAAUAACACUAAGAAAGCACAUGCCAUAAGUGCUCAUAGCCCAGCAGCAGUCAGCAGAUCGCCUAGCAAUUCAGUUGUGAGAACGAGAUCAAGCUCAUUGACCAAGACACAACUGCAACCAAUUGCCUCGCAGUACUUGGCACAAGAAAAGACAUAUUUGCGGAAACUAAAGAACCAAUUUGCAGACGAUUACUACACCAAGGGUAUAACAGGAGCGGAUGAAGAAAGCAAAGAUUCGAUGGACGAUGAAGAUGACGACGAGGGGUAUGAUUCAGCAUCUAAUAACGGGGACAAUGCAACAUUGUUGGCUGCGAUUGAUGAUGAUAAGUAUCAAAUUGAUUAUAGUAUGGCCCUUUCCUUGAUGAAAAACUCCAGUCUCAAUCUUAAAAAAAUUUCGAAUCUCAGAACUGACACUACGGAUGAUCCUGCAGUGGUUGAAAGAUUGGACUGGCAGUCUAUGUUGACCUCAGUGUUGACAGGAGAUGUUGUCCGAUCGGAAAAGACCAAAAUUAUAAAUACCCAUAAUCCAGAUAAUCCACUUGAGAGUUAUGUACACUCGACAUUCAAAGAGAACAUUUGGUUUGGAAUUAGAGCCAAGAUAUUCAACAGGACUGAGGACGAUCAGAGAAAGAUUGUGGCGUAUAGACGAACAUUGGUAGAGCAGUUGAUUGAGGAUAUUAUGCUGUUUGAGGUGAACUAUGAUGACUCGAUAGGGAAUCCCAUUCGAGAACAGGUCAAGACAAUUUUAGAUAGGUACGAUGAGGCAUGUAAUCUUUGGAGAACUUUGGAAGAGAUGCGCAAUGACAAACCGGCUUGUCGAAGUGAAGAGUUUCAAAACAGAGUUGAUGCAUUGACCGCUUGGCUAUCUAUAACAGAUGCAAUCAAAAGAGAGACACAAUCCUUGAGGAUCUGGAUUGGUAAUGACGAAUUGGAUAUCACCAAAUCACCUGUGGAGGCGCCAAGCAGGAACUCUUCUUUAUCAAAUAGCAAAAUUGUCAAAGAGAUUUUUGACGAAGAUAAUAAGUCACUUGCAGAGAGAUUGAUGAAGGAAAAGGAUGUGCAUACAAUAUUCAAAAAGCGUAUAUUCAAGCCAUUAUCACCAUGGAUGAUCAAAUCCAAAGACACAUAUAUUCGAUUGGGAAAUAUGUUUGAAAUAAUGAAGCUACCGGAUUAUCUCCACGAUUUGAUUCAGAUUUGUAUUAUACCUAUGAAGUUGAUCAAAGAAAUCAUAAACGUUAGAUUGGGGUAUGCAAUGAAGUUACAAAAUCCCACCUUGAUGAUGAUUGAUCAAAUGCUAGACGAUUUCCAAUCUUAUAUCACUAUAGCAUUGGAGAUAAAACUGGGUGUCCAACAGUAUAAAGAACCAGACCCCCAGAAAAUAUGGCUUCUAAGUGAUUUGUUUGAUGGUGAAGUUACCGACUUCGACGGGGUAAUUCUCAGGUGCAUUCGGUACUUUCUAGUAUUGUUCAACAAGAAGCUAUUGGAUAGCUCCAGGUCGCAAAAUAGUUUCAGAACGUUCAAGGAGCCGGAGGAGCUAGAAGAGGUGUGGUUGUUUUUGCAAUCGUUGGGUAAUUACAUCGAUGGAGGAGGUGCUGUCGUCGCCGAAGAAAUUGCAUUAUUGACACUGCGAUUGAACCAUCGACUUUUAGCAUACUUUAACCACUCCAUUAGGUCUCCUCCACAUACCGAAUCUACACAAGAUCUUAUCCGAUGGUACAGUUCAACAUUGGGCAAUUUUGGUCAAAUACGUCGUAAAUUGGCCAGAUUUACUGGGGAUAUAUCCAGAUCUUUCACAAAUUCGUUGGUGUUUGAAUUGCCAGAUCAACCUCACCAAAACAAUACCAAGAUCUUGCUAGAUGUGUUGAGAACCACCGACCAUUUCUUGGUGUAUACAAACACAAUAGAGUCUCAGGGAACUUAUUUUUUUGCUAGUCCUGAUCUAGCGGGAAACGAGCAGGAAAUUUUGAAAAUAAUAAAUGGAUCAUAUGUUGGUUUAGAUCCAAGUACAAAACAAUCAAAUUUUACUGAGUUACUGCAUUUGCUUCAGAGCUCGUGGAACGUUACUGCCGAGAACGUGGAGGAUCCCCUGAAAUUUGGAUAUAUUUUAGCUCUUUGUCCAAUGAAGCCAAUUGUUUGGGAAGGUACAGUUUUCAAUGUCAAUGUUGAGUCUGUACCCACCACAGAGUUGAAAAAUGGUCAAUUGGCGCUCAUUUCUAAAGUUCCCUGUUUUGAACUACACACUGUUCGUGACAAGUUUUUGGAUCUUGUUAGUGAUGUGUUAGUUGUAGGGGGUGGUAUAAAGCCGAUUGAACAACGAUGCUCAUUGGCAAAAGUUCAUUAUGAAUUGACAAAGACAAAUAAAGCAUUCUUCCGGAUGAGUUUGUCGGUUUUAGACUCAGUAAAGACUGUUCUGAGUAAGUUCAGACAAUUGAAAGCAACAGGCGAUUACCAAACUGUUAUCAACAAUUACUUUGUCUUCGCUCGUGAUUAUGGAAAAAAUGCGGCUCGGAAUCUAGACUCUUCUCGAAAAUCGGCAGUGAUUAUGAAAUUGAUGCAGUUGGCUAUAGAUUGGGUUAGUUUUAUUUGUGAUGAUUGUAUCCCCACUGAUAGAAAGACAUUUAGAUGGUGUGUUUUAGCAUUAGAGUUUUCUAUGGACAUGACACGUGGUUUCAAUAUACUAUUCUUAAAUGAGGAUCAGUUCAGCACAUUGAAAGUUAAAGUUGCAAGAUGCAUGUCUUUGCUUAUUUCUCAUUUCGAUAUCAUGGGAGCAAGGUCUAGUGAAGCUGAAAAGAACAAAUUGUUGAAAUGGACUUCUCAGAGACAGAAUAUUGCAAAUUCACAAAAUGAUGAUUAUGCGUUUGAGUUGUAUCAUGAAGAAGUGAUGCAACAAAUUGCCGAGAUUGAACAGUAUAGAUCCGAGCUUCUGAAUGAAUACCAAUCAGUGGGUAAAGUGAUUGACAAGAGUGAUCUGGAGUACCAAUUUGUUACAUUAUUGGCAUCAUCAUUUUCAAGUGUUUCGAUCAGGUGGCAGAAAGGCAAAUAUAUUGGUGGUGGUACUUUUGGUCAAGUAUUUGCUGCAGUAAACUUGGAUACUGGAGGUGUAAUGGCAGUGAAAGAGAUUAGAUUUCAUGAUAGUCAAUCAAUCAAGAGUCUUGUGCCGCAGAUUAAAGAGGAAAUGACAGUGUUGGAGAUGUUGAAUCAUCCAAAUGUUGUACAAUACUUUGGUGUUGAAGUACACCGUGACAAGGUCUACAUUUUCAUGGAGUUUUGCGAAGGUGGGUCACUUGCAGGUCUUUUGACUCAUGGACGUAUUGAGGAUGAAAUGGUGAUUCAAGUUUACACGUUGCAAAUGUUGGAAGGUGUAGCUUACCUACAUCAGUCGGGAGUGGUGCAUAGGGAUAUCAAGCCAGAAAACAUUUUACUAGAUCAUAAUGGAGUUAUCAAAUUCGUUGAUUUCGGUGCUGCCAAAGUCAUUGCAAACAGUGGUAGGACUAGAGUUUCAACAAAAUCUAUGCGUCCAGUCACCGGUACUGAUAAUCAGAGCUUGAAUUCUAUGACUGGUACUCCGAUGUAUAUGUCACCUGAGGUGAUAACUGGUUCCUCUACUGAUCGUAGUGGGGUCGUUGAUAUUUGGUCAUUGGGAUGCUGUGUCUUGGAAAUGGCAACGGGUCGUAGACCAUGGGCAAAUCUAGAUAACGAAUGGGCUAUUAUGUAUCAUAUCGCCGCCGGACACAAACCACCAUUGCCAUCACCAGAUCAAUUGAGUGAAGAAGGAAGAAGAUUUAUAUCGCGAUGCCUUGUCCAUGAUCCUGCAAAAAGACCAAGUGCUGCUGAGUUAUUAAACGAUCCAUGGAUGGUUUCAAUAAGACAAAUCGCAUUUGGUGGUAGUGGAUCGGAGUAUAGCACGCCCUCAUCUGAAAAUGGAAACUCUAGUACGAGCCAAGUUUAA